AUGGCGAUGCGCGUUCGUCGUGAGGAGCCCCGAAAAUCCGAGCACCCGAAGGAAUUGCCGGGACGAUACCGACGGGGAGAAACGAAAAUGUCGUUGGAGGCUGAGGGGGGACAGACAAAUUUUGCUGCGGCUUGCAUCGGUGCUUCCGGCCAAGCUUUGUCCGCCCUUGUGCAGGAUUUUCCGUUCGAGCCGUCUCUUUCGUUUGGGCCGAACGCCCAAAAACCUCAAAACACAUGGAUGGUACUCGACGUCUCCCCAUCAUGUCUUGGCUGCGACGGAGAAGUGUUCUUCCCUGGACACUCGGACGCCAUCGGUGCGUCUCGUGGUGCCUCGUUCUCGUUGCUCUCUCCGAAUGGAGCGGACCCCACUCGUAUGCCAUGGGUCAACAAUCCAUCCCGUACUCGUCAGCUAGGCUGUUUUCCCUUUUUCUCUGUCUGUCAUUCAUCAUCUCACGCUCCUCUUUGUAUUUCCCUGGAAGUAGCAUGGGCUGAGGAUGUCCAAACACCAGUCGCGGCGCCAACGGUUUGGUUGCCAGAACAACAGAUGACGGAACUAGUUCCGAUUACGGACCAACAGUUUACCUCGGCACCGGCAGCAGCGCCCGUGGCUGUACCUGUGGUAGCACCCACACGAGCACCCACGCCGGCUCCGACGCGAGCCCCAACCCGUCCACCGGCGCGAGCCCCAACCCGUCCACCGACGCGAGCCCCCACCCGUCCGCCCACGCUGCGGCCAACGGUUGCACCCACCAAAGCACCAACCGUACCUCCCACACCGGCGCCGACACUCUCGCCGUCGUUUGUCCCGUCGGAUGCUCCGUCGAUUCUGCCUUCGAAGGCACCCACCGGCAUGCCAAGCUCCCUUCCUUCCACCCUCGCUCCCACCACAAUCGCGCCCACGACUAUCACUCCCAUGCCCACAUCCUCCUCGCCACCAUCGUCCAUGCCGUCGCAGGGGCCGAGUCGCGCACCAAGCCUCGCACCGUCACUUGCUCCUACCGGCAAUCCGUCAGCCCCACCCACCAACAGACCGACUGCAGCACCGUCGACUGCGCCAACGCUGUCUCUCCAGCGAGAUACGGUGGAUAUUACAAUGCGCAUGACAUCCAUCCCGGGACGACUGGAAAGAUCUUCCGCCAUUCAAUGGGAAGCCGCCACGGCCGAGCACAUCCGUCGGAGUAUCUUGGCGCAAACUACCGACAGGCCACUCAUGGAAUUGAUGAUACGGACCAACAUUGAGUCCCAAUUCACGCAAGCGUUUAAUGCCGGUCGACGAGUCGUAGUGCACAUGGCCGAAGAGGGAAACGCGAUCGGCGGUCCGCGGUUUUUGCAAGAAGUCGUCAUUGCGCCUCUGCGAGUUUCAUUUUUUGCAACAGUCUCUUUCCGAUCCACUUUUGACAAUUACGACUGGGCCAGUUUGAUUGGUGACGCCUUCAACAGCGACGAUGAACGAUCAGCCUAUGUUGCACGUUUACGGGCGACCGGAGACAGGGCGUUUGACCCACUCGGGAGUGUAACUCUAUUGGUGGAAGGGGAAACGCCCAUUGAAGAAUUACCCGACCAAGAUUCCGAGGACAGCGGCGGGAACAAUUUGUUGAUUGUGAUCGUUGCGUGUAUCGCCGGUGGCAGCGUCCUCCUAGCCCUCGUGGGACUCUUUAUAUAUCGCCAGUCCUCCUCCGCUCCGGAUAUCAAGGUAACUCCCAAGCUUGUUGAACAGCACCACAGUACGAGCCAAAGUGUACCGAGCCAGCGUGCGGGCUAUUCGACGGAAAUUAAUGUUGACCGACAGGACGACAUUAGCACGCUUGGCGACCCUAUGUUUGGUAUGGGCGGCAUGCACUUUGGUGCUGGCGAUGGCUUACAACGGGACGAGCAAACUGCCAGCGUUGGCAACGAUUACGACUACAACAAGGAGUAUCUGCAUAGCCAGGGUAUUGCCUUGUCGAUGGAGGAGAGUAGUCGAAGUCGGCUCACUUCGACGGACUCGGAUCGCGUUUCGGGUAACUCAACUUUUUCCAAGAUGGGUAAACUCAAUCCAACCGUGUUCGCCGACGACUCGUCGUUUGAAGAACAAUUCGUCGAGGAGGAGGAGGAGGAGGAAGAAGAAGAAGAGGUGGAACGGUUCACCGUGAACGUACCGGCCGGAAAAUUGGGGAUGGUAAUAGAUACGCCGGAAGGUAGUCUUCCUAUUGUCCACGCCAUCAAAGAAUGGAGCAUUCUGGAGAAUACCGUCAAGAUGGGCGAUAAACUAAUAUUCGUAGACGACGAAGACGUGACGGAAAUGACUGCCGUGGAAAUCUCCAAACUGAUUUCACUCAGAUCUGAUCGGCCGCGCUCACUCGUCUUUCACCGCGUUCUUCCACGCAGCGAUUUCAUUGAUAUGUACUAAAAGUUUCGACAACCAACAGGAUUGCCCCUCGUGUUGUUGUCGCCAUGUC